UCCAUCGUCUCAGAAAGUAGUUCAGAGUUUGCUAUUUGCUUUAUACUAUUAUACAAUAAAAACUCUAUAACUUCCGAAACUUAAAAAUGAUAUACGACAGUCCUGAAGAAACUAUCACGAUGUUCUUUAAAUAUUUUAUUCUCUUCGUUCUCGCUGUAUACGUCACAGCUGCACCAAAUUUCGAAACAAAAUUUGACGAUGAAAAUAAAUCUCACGACUUGAUCGUUGGAUACAGAGUCCCUGGCGAUUGGUUACUGGAGAAAGAUGAUGUUCUAAGGGAAAAGCAAUUUCUUCAAGUAGUAACUUUAACCAAAACCUUCACUGGAAAUGGAAAAUCAGUUAUUACUCAGAUUAAAGCACUGGACCAAAAGACGAACGGAAAUGGUGCUUAUGCUACUGUCAUUAGUGGCGGUGUAGACCAAUCAUACGUCACAAUUAAAUUCAAAAGUCAAAGAAAUCAUGGCAUUAGAUUUAAAGUUGAAAUUUAUGGACAAAAUCAAUGAAAGCCAAUUAAAAAAAAAA